ACAGAUAUUUUACUGACAACCAUGCAGCAUAAAGGCAUCAUGCUGAUUGUGUUCUUGGAAUAUUUUAUUUCUGGCCAUGGGGAAGCAGAUCCCAUGAGGCUACAAGCCUUCCGCUGUAAUGGCCGUUCUUGCAACCCUCCGGUGGGAAACCUUGCAACAGGGAGGACACCAGUCACUCUCACCACAUGUGGCCAGAACAGUACAGAACUGUACUGCUUCUACCCAGAGCAGAAUCUCCUCCAUCGGGUCUCCCAUGGCUGUGGGCAGCCUCGCUGCACCAAAUGCAAUGCCAACCAGCCUGAUAACUCCCAUCUUCCUGUUGCAAACCCCAUCUCCUGGUGGCAGUCUGCCCAAGGGGUACACAGGGAAGAAAUCAGACUGAACUUUGAAACAGAAUUCUACCUGACCCAUGUCAUUGCUGUGUUCAAGUCACCUCGCCCAGCUGCAAUGGUGUUAGAAAGAUCCCAGGACUAUGGGCAGUCUUGGAGGCCCUACAAGUAUUUCUCUGUCAACUGUACAGCAACUUUUGGGCUCCAGGAUGAUCUCAUUGAGGAGGGCUCCAUGUGCACUUCCAGGUAUUCAGAUGCAGUGCCCUGCACCAGAGGAGAGGUGAUUUAUCGUGCCUUAAGUCCAGCUAACAAGAUCGAAGAUCCCUAUAGUCCUGAGGCUCAAGAUCUCCUGAAACUCACCAACCUCCGCCUCCUUUUGUUAAAAAGACACGAAUGUCCAUGCCAUGGUUCGGGAUUGGUAGAGAAACCUCAGAGAUUUGCUCACUAUGCUAUUUAUGACCUGAUCAUCCGGGGAAGCUGCUUUUGCAAUGGGCAUGCAGAGGAAUGCGAGCUUGCCAACAAGACAGGAGUCAUGGAGAACGUG